CACAAGCCUAUCGGACAGUGAGCAUGUUUUCGAACAUGUUAUUUUCUCCCUUAGGAAACUGAAAUAAAGAUUACCGAUAUGUGUGGCCAUUUGACUUGAUAGAAUGUCUUCAUUAGUGUUUCGUUUUAGGGUGAAUCAUUGAACGGCACCGCAGACAUGAGGAUUACCGACAGGGUGUUGAGGAAUUUCACGGUGGCCAGGUCGUAUCGAGAGAAUUCUCAGAAAGUCAACUGCAUCGACUACAGCCCAAAUGGUGAAAGUGCCAUAUCGAGCAGCGACGACGACCGCAUUGUUAUUUAUGACAUCACCGCGGGAAGACCCAGAAAAACCAUGUUCAGCCAGAAGUAUGGAGUGGACCUCAUCCGCUACCGACACAAAGAUGAUCACACGGUGGUCUACAGCUCCAACAAGCAGGACGAUACCAUUCGUCUCCUGUCGUUGACUGGCAACAAGUACAUCAGAUACUUUCCUGGUCACACAGCAAAAGUGAUAUCCCUCUCCAUGUCUCCUGUGGAUGACAUGUUCAUCUCUAGUUCGUUGGACAAGACCAUCCGUAUUUGGGAUCUUAACUCUCAAAAUUGCCAGGGAAUAACAAACCCAAUUGGGAGACCCAUUUGUUCGUUUGACCCCGAAGGCCUGAUCUUUGCUGCAGCUGUGGAAUCGAAGGUGGUUCAGCUUUACGACCUCAGGGCCUUUGACAAAGGUCCGUUUGCAUCUUUUGAGAUGAGUUUUCCCCGCGUGUGUGACUGGACGCGACUGAAAUUUAGUGACGAUGGGAAGCAGAUUCUCAUCUGCACUAACGGAGGAAUGAUCGGCUUACUCAACGCCUUCAACGGCUCUUUGUUGCACACGUUUUCUAACUACAACAACAGCAGAGGUUUUUCUCUGGAGGCAUGCUUCACUCCUGAUUCACAGUUUGUUAUGAUUGGUUCCGAGGAUGGGAAGAUCCAUGUUUGGAGCACAGUGAGUGGGAUGAAGGUGGCUGUCCGGGACGGGAAGCACCCUGGACCCAUCAACACUCUGCAGUUUAAUCCCCGAUUCAUGACGUUUGCGAGCGCCUGCAGCAAGACGAAUUUUUGGCUUCCAGGCCAAGACACAGAGACACAUUGAAGCAGCUAACAACAUGGGCCCAAACACUGUCUGUUAUUUUGUGAUGUUUUUAGUACAGAAAAUAUGUCUUGUUUUAUUUUUGCUGAAAUUGUUUUUUUUUUUUUACGACAUUUACUUGGAAAUGUGAUAUCACUGUUUUGAUAUUCAUUUUCUAAAAUAAAUUCCU